CGAAAAUACAAUAUAUCGAGUGGAAGAUAGCGAUACAGUGGGGAUUAGGGGUAGAGCUAGUAGAAAUAACAAUAGAACAACGCCUGUUAUUUACAAUCACCUCCAUCCAGCUGAGAUUAGUAUGUUUGAGUUCAAGUUUGUCCCAAGAUGUCAGAUAGUUCAAUUAAUCCACCUCCAAAUUCGUCAAAGCUAAAUCUUUCUGUUCCUGCUAUUACUGGUAGUGAUAUCGUCUCUCAAAAUGCUAUCAUAACGUUACCACCAUAUUUACAGUACUGGAGACCAACUAUUCUAUCAUAUUCUGCCUCAAUAAUAUCGACGUUUGUUGGGUUUCCAUUAGACACUAUAAAGACUCGAAUCCAGACCCAUCCUUCGUUCAAAAACUCAUUUGAUUGUUUUAGAAAAACUCUCAGGCAUGAGGGAAUUAAAGGUUUUUAUCGUGGGAUAACUGCCCCAAUAUUGUCUACUUCUUGCUCUAAAUCCUUGAGUGUCUCUUUAUACACCACGCUAAAACCAACAAUAUCUCUGAUCUAUGAAUCUGUGGUAGUGAAAAACCUUAUUGGACAAAGUUCAUACUACAACAAGGAUUUAACCGACAAACAGAGAGCUUUGUAUGUAACUUACAAUAAUAUCCCAGUGUCUGUAUCUGCUGGUAUGAUAUCUGGUGCUUUGGUUUCAAUUUUUGCUUGUCCUUUUGAAUUUACAAAAUUGUUUUCUCAAAUCGCUAUAUUGUUGGACAGCAAAAAUAAUUUUAAGAAGAAUAUUUUGCCCAAAUCAACCUAUCAAGUUGCAAAACAAAUCAUUAAAUCUGAGGGGAUCCUAGGUCUAUAUUCUGGUUUUCGAUUCCAUGUUGUAAGAGAUGCAAUAGGUUCUGGAUUUUACUUUGGUGUUUAUGAAACUUUCAAAUUGACCAUCAAUGCACUCUCUGAUAAAAAUGGCUACAUUUAUUUAAAUCCUUUUGACUUCAAUUCAGAUUCCUUUUUUAAUUUGAAGAUCCCAACUAAUCAAAUUGCUAUUGCUUUAGCUGGUGGUUUAUCGGGUAUUUUCAGCUGGAUAACAGUCUUCCCUCUUGACACUGUCAAGUCUGUUAUGCAAAGAGACAUUGUAAGCAAUAUUUUAAGAUUCCAAUCUGGUCAAGAAAAGUUGCCAUUAAAAAGAAGAAAAUUACAACUACCAACCAGAAGAAUGUAUAGAGGCCUUAGCAUUUCAGUGACAAGGUCUGUAUUAAACAGCACUAUAUUCUUUUUAUGUUUUGAGUAUUUCAUGAACAAUGUUGCAUAAAGAAGUUAAAUUCCAAAUUUUUUACCAUUUUCAUUGUUUUUUUAUUCCCAUUUUUUUCUGUUUUUAAUCCUUUCGGCUGUCUCUUGUAUAUAGGUUUAGACACAUUUUUUUUCUGACAAUAUUCUUC